CUAAGAAAUGUACUGAAAUUCCGUUCAAUUUAAAAAAAAAAAAAAAAAAAAAAACCGAGGCAAAACGGGGUACCCCUCAGAGACUCGUGAAAUUUUUUUUUACUAUGAUUUUAAUUGAAUUGGGUGCAUUUCGCACCUGUAACCGAGUGCUUCCGACUUACCACUGUAUAAGCGAUCACAAAGCGAUCUCGGCGCUUACAGCGCUCGAACGUACCUCGAACGCACCCUCUGUAAUUCAGUUUAAAAUUAAUUAUAUGAAUAAUAACCAAGAUUGCCAAUAUUUUUUUUGUCAAAAAUAGUAUUCUUUAUCCACUGAAAAAAAAAAGACAAAAAAAUUUCUCUCAUUUUUCGAGUAUCCCGUUUUGCCCCGGUCUCCCCUAUAUAUGUGUAUCAGCAGUGUUAAAUUAGACGAGCAAUAUAAUUGGGAAAAUUAUAAGAUAAUACGAAUACUGAAAAUAAAACUGCUGUGGAUAAUUCAUAAAUAUUGUAAACGUCGUUUUUUUAAUCCGUUUUCGAAAGUUAUCUCCGCAGACCGAUAAUAAGAGCCAUGCACCCGAUACAUGUGCAUGCAAUGCCGAAAUAUCGUCGAUGCUCGUUCGAUCGCACCUUCUUCGAAACAUUUAUCAAUUGUAAACGUGAAAAAUGAGAUUUCCCGUACCAGUCGUGAGGCCACAUGGUAAAAAGUUAGCCAAUGUAGCCUGCACGGAUCGAAAAUUUCUCGUCUCACGCAAAUCGAAUAUAUCAAACAGCGGAACAGCGAAGACUCGUAGAACAUACUGCAUCGGCACAUAUUCAGCGUCAGUUAUAAUGUUUUGGCGUGACAGACAACAGUUCAAGAAAACACACGUUCACGACACGUUAACAUAUUCUCGGACGUUGGACAAAUUGCCUCGUAAUUUUAUUAAAAAUCCAUCACACAGACGAAUACGUACGGAUUUCGUAAUUCACGAUUCAAGCGAAUUUAACUUGAGAAUUAUUUACCGCUAUUAGCACUAAUUGCAACCGUCAUUUCUUGCCCGUCGCUUUGCGCUUGUCGUUGGAAUUGUCCAUUUUCGCGGUUGUACACGUAUCUUGAGUGAGAAUAAUAAAAUCAUACAUAAACUCGUUGAAUAACUUUAGUAGCCGUGACGCGUGCACCGAGGCGCGGUCACUUCGCCUUUCAAAUCCCGCAGAGCUAUAGUAUUUUCUCGUGCUGGUGAGGCAGCACCGAUGAAAAUUUCAAUGUUUUUUGUUUGGCCUGCAGUAAGAAAUUUUUUAAGCACAGCUAGCCUACUGCUGAGAGAAACUUGAAAGUUGGUGAUAACAAUGCCAGGUGUACGAGACGGGUUGAUGCCUCGCGACGCGAACCUUAUUCAGAAAGAGCAUUCGUGAUUUCUGACGAGCGUUUGCGGCCUAUACAUCCCAUUUCAUAAGUAUCGUAUGCUCCCUUUUUCAUCUGAAUUCCCGGCACGAUAGCUCAGUGGCUCGUUUUCUAUUCUUUCCGGUAGGGCAUUCCUUCUCGCUCGCAAAGCGUCCCUCAGAGUACUCGCGCGAUUCGACGAUACCGGAAGCACUUUUGACCCAGCGCCCAAUAACAUGGCCGUUCAUUUCUGGAAAUGCCUGGAAAAAAAGGGUGAUGGGCGAUUGAAAUUUCAACGUUCCUCACAAAUUCUACGACCUAACGUCUUGUCAGCAGCAAUUUUCAAGGCUCCGAAAUUUCAAAAUACCUACAGACUCGAUACAGAGAAGCCCUUUAAAAUUGACCCUGUCGAUAAAAUUGUCAAAUCGGUCAUGUUGAACCGACUCGAAGAUGCCUCUUAUGACGUCAAAGAAUGCCCAAAACUGUGCAGCCAAGUUGCUUCGGAAAUUCGGAAACGAAUAUUGAAACUUGACUUCAAAAGAUACAAAAUUGUUGUUGCCGUAACGAUUAUCGAAAAGGCGAGCCAAUCGUUGGAAACGACAAUGGGAUUUGUCUGGGACGUUGAUAGAGAUAAUUAUUCGACGUAUACCUUCGAGACACAAACGUUUUUUGCAUAUUGUAUUGUAAUCGGUACUUAUUACGAGUGAAUAUUUCGCUACGCUUUCUCACCCGGAUUGAUUCGAUUUUUCGAAAUAAAACAUAAGAGACCGGAACGUUUCUCAAAUUGUAGAGUAACGAAAGCUUUCCAAAUAUUUUUCGACGAUGACACAAAAAGUGAUUUCAGUUCGCUUGUGUGUGUGUGUGUGUGUGUGUUUUUUUCCAAUGAGUCAAUUGUUUCUAUGAUAGAAAUGUUUCAAGUGGCGCGUAACGAUUGUUUUUUUUUUAUUUUCAGUAGAAAAAAAUGGAAAUUUUUCUAUUACACAAAGAAAUAAAAGUGCGAGUAGCGAAUAUUAUUGUUUAACGAAAAAAGAAGCGUGCAGAAAAACUAAUGUCUACGCGAGUUCUACAUCAGUAUCCGCGGCAACUCGGCUGACAUAACAUUGCGCGCGGUUGCUCAAGCGCUGUCGUUGCGUUAGCCCACUUUUUCGAACAGUGCGACCGAUUCCCCGUAUCCUUAUGUUCCGUAACACAGCCUAGCAAAAUCUUUUAUUAUUUAGUGAAUAGCAUACGUACGCCGCCUGCUUUAAUCUCAGUAGUUGAAUAUUUUUUCUCAGUCACCGAGACGAAAGCCCGCGAAAGAAUCUUAUUCGCCGUUACUCCGCACUUUUCCUUCCCUUUGAAGAGAACAAUUAUAGGAAAGAAGUUCAGUGUCGGAUACCGAGGUUUAUGAAUGUACAAAUAUUUAUUGAAUAUCCAAAAUCCGAUUGCACGAGUUCGAUAACUACGGAUCGACAUAGUUAUUCAUUAUUAUUGGGAAGGCCCGCGUGGGCUGCGAACCUCACGACUAGCUGCUGCUCUUUGUACGAGUAAUCAUUGCGAGCGAUAGACCCGUACGUCAGUCUGUAUCGCGCGGUCAAUGUUGCGUUUCUCAGAGGCGAAUAACUAAUUCUUUCAACUAUCCUGACCUAUUUAAAAGUUAUGAAUCAUCUAAUAUAGAAUAUAGCGUCGACCUCUCCAAUGGUUUGACCGAUAAAAGGGUCGGAGCGAUCGGACUUCAUGGGCGAGGACCAGAGAAAAUAAAAAAAUAUGGAGUCGUGUCCACCACGAGGUUGGACAUCGAAGAGCAACGGUGAAUGGUGGCAGCGGCCGAUUCUCGGCACGAUACGCGUAUACUCUGCAUGGGUACACGUGAUACGUGAUAGUUUUAUGAUGCAAGCGUGCUAUAACGUAUAUGGUACGGAAUGUUCUCAACUUCCUAUCGAUAUACGGGUCGAUUCAGGUUUAAUAUGACCAAUUUCCCUCGAUUUCAAGACUCAUGUUGAAGAUCCGUGCGGCUGAUGUAUGCGCCAGCCGCGAGGUGAAAAUGCUUGUCGAUAGAGCAGAAACGUGACUCUUUUAAACGUCUGCAUAUCUGCGACUGUGUUUAAUCCUGAAAUGUCAGAAUAACGAAAAUUUUGAACAGCAAAAUCUCGAGUUUAUAAAUCAAUUCGGCUAGAGCUUUGAAUGUCGAAAAUAAAUAAAGGAGAAAAACUGCAAGGUUCGGGGCACAUUUACAUUGAAAAUAGUAUGUAAAAACUGCCCAUAUAACUACGACUAAAAUGUCGAUUUUUCGAUAAUUAGAGUUUCAUUUUUUCGAUUCAUAAAUUACUACGGUCAGCAUAUACUGUGAAUAUUCACAAUUUCGAAAAUAUAAUAACGAAAGGCUGAAUAUUACUGAAGUUGAAAUAAUGACAGACCACAAAAAUUCGAACAGUCAAAAUAGCGAAAGGUUAGAAAGUCGACUGAUUGAAAGAAAUAAAUGGAGCGGAGACUGGAGAUCCCCAAUUUCAAACAUCGCCAUUUUGACU